CACAAAACAACUCAAAUCAACAAAUUUAGGUACCAAAAUGAUCAGUCUGGAGCCGCCACAGUCGUUGUUGGUCCCGGCUAUGAACAACAAUCAACAGAGCUCGCCGGCUGCCAACCUGGACGUCCUGCCUGCAUUACCUCCCGCCUCGAUGCUCCUUUCGUUGCGAGACGAGCUGUACAGCGGUCUUCGGCGACUGAUAGCGUUUGUGGUGGCCCAGACACUGGAGUUCUUCCAGCCGUCUCGAUACAUUACGUACAAGGAGGUGCCGCUGUCAGAUGUCUGCGCAUUGCAGCUGGAACGAGUGCCGCGAAAGACUUUGGUGCUGGAUCUGGACGAGACGCUGCUCCACUCGUGCUACAUGGAUCCGGAGACCAAUGAGUACGUGGGCGGCAGCCAAGUGCCGGCCGACGCAGUGCCCGACCACAAGCUGCUCCUGCUGAUUGAUGGCACAGAGCCGAUUCUGUUCCUGGUGUACAAGCGGCCACAUGUCGACCUGUUUCUCGACCAUGUGUCCAAGUGGUAUGACCUGGCCAUCUAUACGGCCAGUGUGGAGGCGUAUGCCACACGGGUGGUGGACCUGCUGGACGCCGGACGGGGCAUACUGCCGCGGCGCUUCUUUCGGCAGCACUGCAGCUCCCACGCCUCCAUUGUGAGCAAGGACCUGACGCUGGUCAAUCGGGAUAUGAGGAGAACCCUCAUCAUUGACAACACGCCCAAUGCCUACAAGGACUUUCCCCACAACGCCAUCCCCAUCAAGUCGUACAUCUACGAUCCCAGCGACACGGAACUGCUGAAGCUGCUGCCCUUCCUCGACGCCCUGCGCUUCACCAAGGAUGUCCGCACGGUUCUGCGUCAUCGUGUGGAUUGACAGAUCUCAGGUCCAACCACUCAGAGAUGUCUGUCGAGAGCUCCAAUUCCGAUCCACAUUUGAAUCACAAAUAAUUUCGGGUUGCUAUAAUGAAAAUGUCUGUCUAUUGUGCUGCUAA